ACGGAUUCUCAAAUUAGGCUUCGAAAUGAUAAUUUAUUUCAUCCAUUAUCAAAAUCUCCAAUAAAAAGUCUUCAAGAACGAGGUGAAUUAAUUAGAAAAUUCGGUAAAUGUCCAGUCUGUGAAGAAUUGGCUAAAGAGAACCAAAAGAAGCCAGCUUAUGAGUGUCCAGAUUGUGGAAUUCCUACUCAUUGUUCAGAAGAACAUUAUAAACAUAACUUAAUUGAACAUAAAUUGCAUGCAUGUAAAAUGUUAAGAGAAUUUAAUGAAGAUAUGCAUGAUUUAAUGAGUGGUAGAAAAAUGUCUGAAUUUGAAUUUCCGAGUUCACAACCACUUGAUGAAGAAAUUAAUUUGUUAAAUUGGGACACAUAUUUGUACACGAGAGGAUAUCCAAGUAUAGACCUUGAUCGUUCAUUGAGACACGUGUCUAAAGUGUUAACUUACCCGAUAACCAUUGGUUCCGUUUUACAUCAAAAUGGUCCUUAUACACUUCGAAAUCGAUUGACAACCGAAGGCUUAAAGUCGUUAACUGCAUUGAGAACGACCUUACAUCCAAAACAAACUAGUAUUGACGUAAAAACACUUCGACCCGGAGAAACGAUCCGAAUCUUUAUCGUUGGUGCACGAGCUGAAGCACAAUUACCUUUACAUCUAUAUACACAACUUUCAUAUUUAUUCCCAACCAUACCAUUCCAUUUUCAUUUUGUUGGUCCAGAAUCGCUUCCACGUGGAACUGAACCAUAUACAACACAUUUUAACCAUUAUCUCUCAUUUACAUGGAAAAAUUCUUUAUAUCAUGAUUAUCAUGAUACAAUAUAUCCAUUUGAUCCAUAUUGUGACGCGUUCUUUCUUUUUAACCCUGGUAUAGGUCGAAAUAAUGGAAAAGAAUUAUGGGAGAAAACGAUUAAACAGUUGUUGAAAACUAAAUGCACUAUUUUUAUUACCGCUUUUGAUGAGAAUGAUAUGAAAAACGAAAUUCAAACGAUAGAAGAGGAUGAAACUUUUGAAUUUGAUUGGAUAUUAGAACCAGGUGAAAAUGAGUUUAAAAGUUUACGAAGAGACAUUGAUAUACAAGAUGUACGAAUUGGUGUCUAUCCAAAUUGGGGAAUUUUUGGGAUAAGAGGAAAAAGAUAUGAUGUACGUCACUAUGAUGAGGAGGAGGGGGCAUUAGAAGUUAAAGAGGAGGAAGAGUGGGAAGAAACGGAAGAAAUAAAAAGAAUAGAAGCGGGAGGCAUGAAAAAACAGCAAAUUCGACAUUAA